UUUAUGACAGUUUUAUAAACAUUAAUUUCUCCAAACCCUCGAUCCACUACAUCACCAUAAAUUCUCUCUUUGAUGACAAACUCGUCAACAAUGGAGUCAUUGGAGGAAGAAGCACUUUUCCGGUCACAUCAGCCUUAUACGACGCUAUACUUCGUCCAAAGCCCCACCACGACAGUCUCCAAUUACAACCAUGAUUUCAUUUCAUUCCACUCUCCGGCCACCCAACGUCGCCUUACUCUAUCUCACUAUUCCUCGUCUCAUGGAUCCACCAAUUCCUUCUUGCAUGAAAAGAAAAUGCAUGAAGUUGGGGUGGUGGUACAUAUUGGCCAAGAAGACAAGGAUGGAGAAGAUGUCGAAAAUGAGGAGGACAAAGAAGAAGAGAUUAGUCCUAGGAAGAAAUUGAGGGAUUUCAUAACGUUUUCGCAUAGUGAUUCAUGUGUUUGGAUAUGGUUUCAAAUAUUUUUAAGAAUGAUGGUGAGCUUUGGAGUUGCAUUGCUUUUCUUCUAUCUCAUUACAAAGCCUCCACCUCCUAUUAUUACUAUCAAGAUUGAACGAAUAAAUGAAUUUCAGCUAGGUGAAGGAGUUGAUAACACGGGUGUUACCACCAAGUUCCUCACUUGCAAUUGUACAAUGAAUUUACUCAUACACAUCAAGUCUCGUCUUUACGGUCUUCACAUUCACCCCGUUGUUUUAACUUGGUCGUUCAAUAAUGUCCCAUUCGCAACCUCAAUGGAAACAAAUGAACUUUAUGCAUCAAGUAAUGGGCCAACGUCUUUCGUCUUAUACUUGGGGACAACAAAUAAGCCUAUGUAUGGUGCAGGAAGAAGUAUGCAAGACAUUUUAGACUCUGGAAACGGGUUAUCGUCGGUCAUUCGUGUGAAACUUCAGUCACGAUUUCACGUCGUUGGAAAACUUAUUCGUCCUAAGUAUCAUCAUCUUGCUGAAUGCAUUUUAAUCUCCAACAGAACCUAUGAUAAACAACAUAAAACCAAAAUGUAUGAUAACCAAUGUAAAUUGUUGUGAUUCCUACUAAUCUCUAUUCCUUAAAAAAGAGGGGAUUACAUCCACAAGACAAAGUGCUGAGAUUAAUUUUAUUGAAAAUCUUGUUCUUUUUUGAA